CUGACGCUAUAUAUUUAUAAUAUUAUCAAUGUUCAUUUUAAAAAGUGACAAUAAUAUAAAAAAAUACUUUCCUUCAUAUGCAAGUGGGAUAGUGCAUCAAGAAUUCAAUGGUAUAGUGUAUGCAUCUUUACUAGAAUAUAUAAUUUAGUGUCUAUAAUUUGUGUUAUUUGCCUGCCUUGGAUUUCAUAGGAUUUAGUUUUGAUAGUAACCUUAAUCUGUGCAGUGAUUAAUUAUAACCAUUCAUUUAGUGUUUUUCAAUUAAUUAAUUUGUUCAUUUAAUGAUAAAUUAAUUAACAAGUGAUUUAAAAUGACUUGAAAUAUUAAUAAUGAACAGUAACUGUUUAAGGUGUCUACGUGUAUUUAGGUUAUGUUAACAGUAAGACUGCAAUAAGUAGUAGUCUUGCUGAUGUAGGUUUAAAGAUAUAUUUAGGAGGAAGUUUAUAACAUGACAGAAACUGAAGUCGAAGGAAGUACCUGGUGUUACUGGGUUCUCUCUGUUGGAACUCUAUUUACAUUUCUUGGCUUGGUCGUUGCUUGCAUCUGCAGUUGUCGAAGAAAUCAAACUAAGAACGAUUUACCUGGGUUAUGUGGAAUGGUAACGAUCAAUCAUUCUGAUAAUGAUAAUUUCAAUACCCUACCAUCUCUAGAAGUUAGUCAAGUCCCACCAUCACAGGAUACGAUAGAUAAUGGCAAAAGAAUAAGUGGAGCUAAUAGAAGCUUACCAGAUAUACCAAAAGAUAAAAAUAGAGGAGAAGUUAAUGCAGAAUCUAUACCUCAAGAUAUUUAUGAAACUAGUGAAGUAAAUUCUGAACUGUAUGCUACAGUGCAGGAUACAGAAGAGCCACAGUCUGAAAGAGAAACACAGAGCCUUUCUCAACAAGUUUCAAUAGUUCAAGAUAAUUCAACAUUUCAACUUUCAAGAUUCACACCAUCUACAUCUAAAAAUGAUGAACAUCCGUAUGCUCAACUGCAAAGUAUACCAAAAUCUGAAAUUGAUCAAUCGCAUAGAAAAAACAGUACUCAAACGAUUAUUGUUGAUAAACCAUCAACAUCAUCAAAUCAUACAAAUGGAAAUCCAGUAGCACCACCUAGAACUCGAAAAUCAUCGUCUUUCAAUUCACUUCUGAGUGCUGAGAAUCCUAAUGAUAUACAAGCUGCAAAUGCUAUUUCUGGAGGUGUGCAAGCUAAUCAAGAUUUACCUUAUAUGACACCACCUCUCGCUAUGUUACAUCUUCAUCCACCACAACCACCACAACCUAGUACAUCACAACAUUUUAGCGGUGAUUCUCAAGAUUCUAAAGGAUAUACUAGCAUAAGUGUGCGAGAACCUUUAGCUAAUAUAUUAGCACAAACAAAAGCAUCUUAUCAACAACAUCAACCAACACGUUUGCCCAUUGAUCCUCACUAUGCAACUGUAUCCGAUGAUUCAGAUGAAAUGUAUGCAGCUAUUGACGAACAAGAAAAAAUUUAUACUAGUGGCAGUGAAACAUAUGCUCAAAUCCAACCAACAGUAUUGGAAACAAAUAGAAUUAUACACAGUGAACUAAAUCCAUUUAUUCAACCAUCAUCACGUACAGAGGAAACACAUACUGCUCCGCAACCACCAAGUGUUGAUAGUUUACGUCAUGUUGCUCAUGCUCAUUCGAGACAGGCAUCAUCAUCAAGUGCCAAUAGUUCUAUCAUAAACCCAGGUUCUCCAAAACCAGAGAAACGUCAAGCUAAUUCACCAUUACCUCCUCCACCAGAAGCAAUUUCAGAUGCAUAUGCUGCUGUUGAUAAAAGAACGAAAAAUGAUGAACGCAUAAGACCUAAUUUAUCAACUGGAAAAUCUUUAGAAGAUAUGUAUGCUAAAGUCAUGAAAAAGAAAAGAGAUGCAGAAGAGCAAAGUGACGUUCCUGGAUCUUCUAAUAUUUUACAUUCAGAAGUAAUACCUUCAAAUAGAAAACUUAGUCUCAUAGAAAUUAGCAGAGCUUCGUGGUCUAGUCAUGAUUCAGUAGAAAUACAGAAAGAAGAACACGACACUGUUCAUUACACAAUAUCAGCCAAUACUGUUACUAAUGUUCAUCCUGAAAUGGAAAAUAAUUGUUUAAAGUUAUCUCGAAUUCCUGAUGGAGAUACAAAUUUAUUAAAUCAAGAAAUUAAUUAUGGUUACGAAUCUGUGAAUACAAAAAGGAAUUUAGCUGCACGAAGUUUUCCUAUUUGUGAUUCUAAUUAUGAAAUACCACAUCUUCAAUCUUUAAGAAAUAACGAUUAUCAAAGUACAUCAACAUCAGUUCGCGAUGGUUCUGACUUAUUAUUGACAUAUCCUACAUCUUUUAAGCACAGACAAAUCAGUAAUGCAAGUAGUGAAGAUCCAGGGUAUGAAAAAGUUAGAUUACGAAGAAGAAUUGAUUUAGAUCAGGAUACAGAUUCCGAGCCAAACUAUGAGAGUAUGCCUCAUGAUUCAGGAGAACCAAAUUAUGCAUCAGUAUGCCGUCCUGGUGAUAGUGAUACAGAUCCGAAUUAUGAAUCUGUAAGUCAUGGGGAUCCAAAUUAUGAAAGUGUAAGAUACAUGAGUGUUGCUGCAUCGGAAGAACCACCAUACGAACAGUAUAUUUAACUCAGACUACGAAAAGAUAAAUCCAAGCAAUGCCUUGGAACAAUGCAGUAAUGGAGAUACAGAUGAUGAACAAUAUGUUCAGGUAUAGUGUACCUUUUUUUUAUAUAUAUAUAUAUACAUAUUUAUAUGCAUACAUAUGUAUAUAUAUAUUAUAUAUAAAUAUUAAAAUAAUUAUGUGCAGUAGCUAAUAUUGAUGAGGUUUGUUUAAUGCAGCAUGAAGCUUUCGCAGGUGAAGUUACUUGAGUAUACUUUUUUAUUUUGAUGAAAUACAUUCUAUCCAUCUCGGCUUCGAUAAAGCUAUGGACAGCUAAUUUAGUACUAUUUGUAUUUUAGUAUGAAUCCAUAUUUCGCUGAUGUUUAAAUGUGUUAAGAAAAUGUUACAAAAUAAUGAGGGUAAGACUGAUAGAGACAAACAGUGAGAAGUAAUGUACAAGUAAAAUCUGACUUAAUGUUAUGUUUAAUUAUCUUAAUUGGUAGCAUGUUUCAAUGAUAAGGUAAACAAAAAAACUAUAAAGUUACCAAUAAUGAAAAGUCAUUUAUGUGACCGCAUAAAUAAUUGUCUGGCGGAACAUUAUAAUAUACGGAGGAACGUGCUGUUGAUUAAAUAAACAUAGUUGUGAGAAAUUUUCAAAUGAAAAUUAGCAAAUGUCGCAUAAAUAUUAUUAAAUGAAAAAAAUUAUUAUUUCUUCUGUGAAUGGUGCAUGCUGUGCCUUGUUGUAUUGACUACUCUCUAUACAUUUUUAUUUACAUGUCACAAACAACCAGGUCACAAAAAUGUAUCCUAUUCUUUAGUUUAAUUAAUGAAAUAGUACUCUCAUAGCUUCAUAUAAUAAUUUACUGCCACGAGUUGUAA